CUCUGUCAGAACAUGGUCAAGUCUCAUGUAAACAAAAUUUUGAAAAAACACGUGCAAUUGACAAAUUGUAAAAUAAAAAACACAACAGACCUUAAAAAUUGAUAUUCAUAUUAAUAAAAAAAAUUAAAAUGGAUAUAGUGCUUAAUAAAGUUCAAACCGUGGAUCCAAACAACAGUGAAGCGGUAAAAGAAGCACUUUCAGGUUUUUUCCAAAAUCUUAUAAAACAAAAAGACUAUAAUUGCAACAAAUGGUUACGCGAGCUGAAAAAUGUUAUAAACCGGUUCCCCAAAUAUUGUAUGCAGCAUCGUAGCAACACAGAAAAUUAUUUAGCUGGUUUUAUAAGCUCCAAUAAUUACUUUAAUGUGAUUGAAGCAGCAAAAUGUGCACAUGCCUUGCAACAGGUUCGCCCAACAAAAGAAAAGACAGCAACUCCAAAAUCAAGUUGGAGAGAUCAGAUUGGUCUACUAUGUAACGCGGCUCAUACCCUCAUUAGUGCAGUGUUCCCUAAUGCUGUUGACAUGUAUAAGGAUACAGAAAUGGCACAGACACCUAGUGCUAAAUCAGCUUUGUCCAUAGCACUAACAGAUGUAACAAAGAAUCUUAAAAAUGUGAAAGACAAACAAUCAUUAUUACAAAUAAGGUUAAAAAAUGUAUUAGUCUUCAUUCAAGCUAUGUUGGUUGAAAUAUAUCCAGUAGCAAAACCAAUACGUCCACAGAUAAUCUUAGAUGUUAUAGUUAGAGCUUUAAGUGUAACCAGUGGAAUAAAUUCGCAAGUAAAUAUUGCAUCUGUGAAAACACAAGCUCUUAGAACUUUAGAUGCCUUAAUUGUGUGCUUAGGUUCAAACUUGAUACCAUUCUCACCAUUAUUAAUAAGAUGUGUGAUGCAAACAUUAAGAUGGAGUUCAGAUAAUUCUAUAGAAGACUACAGAAAAGUAAGAUCCACAGCAUACAACACCCUGAGUAAAUGGUUGAACAUCCUACACGUUCAUAGAACAUCCGACAGCAGACACUUGUGGGAGGAUGAGCUGACGGGACACAUUGUCCACGACAUCACGCCACUAAAGAAAGUUGUUCAACUAACCAUGGGCCCUCAACCGACUAAACACCUCAGCAAGAAAGCAAAGAGGAAACUAGCGGCGAGUCAAUUGCAAGAGAGCACAAUAGCCGCUCAUAUGCCCGGGGAGAAGAAUAAGAUAGUUGUUUCAGAUGAAGUAAACAAUGAAGUGGCGAUAGCAGCUCUGGAAUGCGCCGAGAUGUUCCUAACAGUUUGUGGAAGAUUCUUAAAACCUGCAACUCAUAAGCUGAUCCAAGAAAGCCUCGUACGUGAAUGCUACAACCAUACAUCCUACACUGACGAUCAAUUGUUAUAUUUGCUGAGAGCGCUGGAAGCUGCUCGUAAGACAACACCCGUGACGGUACCCCCUCCCACACAGUACUGCCUACAUUUGUAUAGCAUGCUUGUGAAUAUGCAAAAUUCUGAGAUAGCAAAAUUCUGUACCCAAGCGCUACUGGACAUACGAAUGCACUUACAUUGCUCACCGCCAUCACUUAACUUUGCUUUAGAACAACCAAAAGAGACAGCAAAGGAAAACCAAAUUAAGAAAAAGAUUUCAGAAAAAAAUAAAGCAGUGUUGGAGUCAUUAUUGGGGCCUGAUAAAGUUCCCACAGCUGCCAUUGAAAGUGAAAUAAUAACAAUAGCUGAUGAGCCCUCGAACAAAAGGCCUCGGUUAGACAUUGAUGAAGCUGAUCAGAUAAGUUUAAGCAGUGAAUCCGUGAGAUCAGUUGAAAUGUGCGACGACUCUGAAAACAAUGAAGUUGAGGUUGUUGAGUUAAAUAAAAACGUUAACAUAAGCAAAGAUGCUGAACAAGCAAUGGAAGACGAACAAAAUGAAAAAGAUAUACAUAAUGCAAGUGAUGUAAUACAGGAAAAUAAUUCUAUAGAAAAUUGUCUUACCCAAGAAAAUAUUAAAGACAUAGACACUGAACAAGAUAAAAUGCUCAUUCAUGAAGCCGCUACUCAAAUGCCAUUAAACACAUCUAAUGACACAAUUGAAGAAGAAAAAUCUCUUUCACAGGAAGUCAGUUAUGAUUAUCCAAAUGAAGGAACAGAAAAUGUUAAGGUUUUAGAAAAAAUGGAUGAUGAAAACUUACCCAGUACAAACGAUACAGAUGACAUACAAAUAACUUGCGGGCAAGUGGUUAGAGAUACGGAAGAUGUAGAAGCUGAAAAGAACAUAGAUGAUCUUGAAAUAGUUUCCAAAGUUAAUGGUAUACAAAAGGAAGAUUUAGCAAAUGGUGAGAUCGUUGAAAAUGCUGUAGUUGACACGGACACAACAGAUGGUGCAACUUUAAAGUUGGCUACUAAAAAUGAUGGUAUUUCUGUUGAAGAUAUGCUGGCUGAUUUCGUCGAUGAGGUUAUUCAAGAAGCAGCUGAAACUUAAUUUUUAUUUAAAAUAUAUAUAUUGUCGUUCAUAGUGCCCAGAAUAAACGCAUUUAAUCGCAA